AUGGCUCGCGACCGUAAAUUGAUGAAUCUUAAGCCGAAAAUGUGAAACGUGUCGUCUGCAGCGACAAAUCAACGUAACAACGACAAUUCUCGAGGCACGAGAUCAAAACGAGGAUCGAUAUUCGCCGCUGCUGUUACCACUCUUCGCGAAGAGAGUCGUGGGGCUUGUUGGUCGGGUGCGAAUCAGGCUUUAUGGUCGCUAGGGUCGCCCCUGACAACGCCCUUGCCUGCAAUGCGGUGCCCCUCGGUUUCCAGCCUGCGUUAUCCUGCCACCAUACCUCCGGCUGACAAUGGCAACAGAGAGAACGUGGCUCGACGAAGGAACGUGAAAUUCUUUACAUUCGCGUGCACCUGCGUUACACGCGUCUAACGAUAUCUGUUGCUUGGAAACCGUGGUCCGUCACUUUCGCCCUCGCCUCGGUACUUCUGCUCGUCCUCUCACCCCCCCCCUCUCUCUUUCUCUCUGUUGUAUAUAUUUCACGAUUCGUGCAAAGUGUUGCACGUCAACUAGUCACCUACUCGUUCCAACCCCCUUCUUUCUUCCCUUUUCGAGAAAAAUUAUUUAUUUAUUUAUUUAAGAAAACGUAA